AUGCAGCUUACCAAAGUCUGUCUUUCCUUCGGUGUAUUUGCAGCUGCUUUCGCGCAGUCCAAGAUCAAGAUCAUGCCUCUGGGUGACUCCAUCACCGAGAUAACUUGCUGGAGAGCCCUGGUAUGGAACCAGUUUGUCAAGGAGAAUCUUGCCGACAAGGUGCAAUUCGUUGGCUCCAUGACCAACAACCCCCAAAAUUGCCGAGCACAGUCUGGCUCUUUUGACCUCCAUCAUGAGGGCCACUCAGGUUGGCUCUCCAUCAACAUCGCCAACCAGUACCUACAGGGGUGGCUGGCAAGCACUAAGCCUGAUAUUGUGCAGUUCAUGCUUGGCACCAACGAUGUAGCGCAAGGGCGCACGACCAACGACAUUGUCGCUUCGUACACGAGGAUGGUAGGGUUGAUGAGGGCGUCCAACUCGCGUAUGAAGAUUCUGGCCAUCGAACAGAACUCGACCAACUCUCCAAUUACAGUUGCAGACUGCUCGAGUUCUGCCGGGUUCACAACCUCCAUGUUGCGAGAUGGCGUACACCCCAACGAUCAGGGAGACCAGAUCAUAGCCCAGCAGGUCGGUCCAUUGCUGAUCAAGUACGUCAGGGAUCUCAUUGCCGAGCGUGGGCUUUGA